UGUCUUUGAGCGUCAGCCGUUCUUGGGCGGUCGCAAGGCCGUUGGUCUUCUUGAACGCUGCCGCCCGGACGUCUGAAUCCAAACUCCAGUCCCUUUCCACAUCCCAUUUCCACCAUUCGACCCCGCCACACAUGGCGGCGCCUGGCCCAUACACCUGCGGCUUCCCCGUCGAGCCACUCGACAGGUACGAAACUGGAGGUUAUCAUCCAGUGCGACUCGGAGACACAUUCAGUCAAGGCAGAUACGGCGUCCUCCACAAACUCGGCUGGGGAGGCUACUCGACGACUUGGCUCGCUCGCGACGGCUUAGAGAACCGCAAUGUGGCCCUCAAGGUCUCGUCGGCGGACGCUACCAUCAAGAAAGGCCCGGGCGAGAAAGAGAUACUCCAGAUUCUUUCUGCACUUCCCAAGUCCCACUCUGGGAAUGCUCACAUUGUGUCGUUGCUCGACUCGUUCAUGGUCAACGGGCCCAACGGAGCACAUAGUUGCCUCGUGCUCGAGCUGCUCGGCCCAUCCGUGUACGAAACAAACCUGAAUGCUUUCAUGAACUACGCAUUUCCAGCUUCCCUGGCCAAGAAGACUGCCGCCCAAGUCCUCAGCGGCAUCGAUCUCAUGUCUCGUCAUGGAAUAGGACACGGAGAUCUCAGCACAAAUAAUCUCGUGUUCAAGAUCCCAGAAAUCGACCGUCUACAGGAAAGAGAGCUCCUCCAGCUUUACAGCGACCCAGAAACGACACCCGUCAAGAGAGAAGGCGGCGGGCCAAUCGGUGAUGAAGUGCCGCCAUAUCUCGUAGAUCCUGCAGAAAUAUCCCACGGCAUGGUGAAGCGAGCUUUGAGCACCGACCCGUGUGUCAAGAUCAUCGACUUUGGCGAGGCAUUCUUAGACGAAGACCGGCCGCUUAAACUCAACACUGCGAUUACUGUUCGAGCACCAGAAAUCAUUUUCGGAGAUGAGCUGGACUGCAGGGUCGAUUUGUGGGCUAUGGGAUGCAUGCUCUUCGAGCUAGCAGCAGCCCAACCGCUCUUCGAAGCAACCUCUGAAAAAGGAAUCGUCGCACAAAUGCUCGGGAUGAGCCCCGACAGGCGACUCCCACCGCGGUGGCAGGACAAUUGGCACGCCAUGCUAUCAACCGGAAAUAGUAACGUCGGCGAUUAUCUCGACUGGACUCUCGACAAAUGGCUGGAGGAAACAUACUCGUUUCACGCCCCCGAAACGACAUCUGCUACUACUACGGAAGACUUGUUCUCGAAAAAUGAUUUCGCGGAUAUCUGUCGGCUGAUGAGGAAGCUGAUGAAAUUCGAGCCUGGGGAACGGGCGGAGGCAAUUGAAAUCCUCGAAGAUCCUUGGUUUCGCGAUUCAAAAUUGCAAUCGCGUUGUGAAGAUUGUUGAUGAUAGAGCCACCAUGAGAUUCAGCGAUGGUGUGCUACAAUGACGUGGCCUUGGACUAAGAAAUAGAGUUUGAUGCCUCUCCGGCGGCGAUCCUGACAAAGAAGACAGGUCCAUGUCUACGUGCUUCAGAUUUGAUCAAAGGAUAUGGUUUUUUUGAACCCCGGCCACGGCGCAUGGACAAUGGCUUUCCUCGC